GCGCGCGCGGGUGCGAACGGGGAACGCCGCGAGGGCCGGGGUAGGCCAGGCGGUGGGGUCGGCUGUCGGCGACUAUGGCCGCGGCAGCGGGCGGCAGCGGGCCGGGGUCGGCGGCGGGCGCGGCGGGUGCGGGAGGCGCGGCGGUGGCCGCGGGCCUGGCCGUUUAUCGGCGGAAGGACGGGGGCCCGGCCCCCAAGUUUUGGGAGAGCCCGGAGACGGUAUCCCAGCUGGAUUCGGUGCGGGUCUGGCUUGGCAAGCACUACAAGAAGUACGUUCAUGCGGACGCGCCCACCAAUAAAACGCUGGCUGCGCUGGUGGUGCAGCUUCUCCAGUUCCAGGAAGAAGCCUUUGGGAAGCAUGUCGCCAACCCAGCCUUCACCAAGCUCCCUGCAAAAUGUUUCAUGGAUUUCAAAGCUGGAGGCACCUUGUGUCACAUCCUCGGGGCUGCUUACAAGUAUAAAAAUGAACAGGGAUGGCGGAGGUUUGAUCUACAGAAUCCAUCCCGAAUGGAUCGUAAUGUUGAGAUGUUUAUGAAUAUUGAAAAAACAUUGGUACAGAGCAAUUGUCUGACCAGACCCAACAUCUACCUCAUGCCAGAUAUUGAUCUGAAGUUGGCUAACAAAUUGAAAGAUAUCAUCAAACGACAUCAGGGGACAUUUACUGAUGAGAAGUCAAAAGCUUCCCACCACAUUUAUCCAUAUCCUGCCUCACAAGAAGAUGAAGAAUGGCUGAGGCCCGUGACGAGGAAAGACAAGCAGGUGCUGGUGCACUGGGGCUUUUACCCGGACAGCUAUGAUACGUGGGUCCAUAGUAAUGAUGUUGAUGCGGAAAUUGAAGAUCCACCAAUUCCAGAAAAGCCAUGGAAGGUUCAUGCAAAAUGGGUUUUGGACACUGAUGUUUUCAAUGAAUGGAUGAACGAGGAGGACUAUGAGGUGGAUGAGAACAGGAAGCCCGUGAGUUUUCGACAGCGAGUUUCAACGAAGAAUGAAGAGCCAGUCAGAAGUCCAGAGAGAAGAGACAGAAAAGCAUCAGCUAAUGCUCGAAAGAGGAAGCAUUCUCCAUCCCCUCCGCCUCCCACACCCACGGAGUCACGGAAGAAGAGUGGGAAGAAAGGGCAAGCUAGUCUUUAUGGGAAGCGCAGAAGUCAGAAAGAGGAAGAUGAGCAAGAAGAUCUUACCAAGGAUAUGGAAGACCCAACACCAGUACCCAACAUAGAGGAAGUGGUACUUCCAAAAAACGUAAAUCCAAAGAAAGAUAGUGAAAAUACACCUGUUAAAGGAGGAACUGUAGCCGAUCUAGAUGAACAGGAUGAAGACGCAGUUACAACAGGAGGAAAGGAGGACGAAGACCCCAGCAAAGGCGAUCAGAGCCGACCCGUUGACCCCGGUGAAGAUAAUGUGACAGAGCAGACCAACCAUAUUAUUAUCCCCAGCUAUGCUUCAUGGUUUGAUUACAACUGUAUUCACGUGAUUGAACGGCGUGCUCUUCCAGAGUUUUUCAAUGGGAAAAACAAAUCCAAGACUCCAGAGAUAUACUUGGCAUAUCGAAAUUUUAUGAUUGACACCUAUCGCCUAAACCCCCAAGAGUAUUUGACCAGCACCGCCUGCCGAAGGAACUUGACUGGGGACGUGUGUGCUGUGAUGAGGGUUCAUGCCUUUUUAGAGCAGUGGGGGCUUGUUAAUUACCAAGUUGAUCCAGAAAGCCGGCCCAUGGCAAUGGGACCUCCUCCUACUCCUCAUUUCAAUGUAUUGGCUGAUACCCCCUCUGGGCUCGUGCCUCUGCAUCUUCGAUCGCCUCAGGUCCCUGCUGCUCAGCAGAUGUUAAAUUUUCCUGAGAAGAACAAGGAAAAACCAAUUGAUUUGCAGAACUUUGGUCUCCGUACUGACAUUUACUCCAAGAAAACCUUAGCAAAGAGUAAAGGUGCCAGCGCCGGAAGAGAGUGGACUGAGCAGGAGACCCUGCUCCUCCUGGAGGCCCUGGAGAUGUACAAGGAUGAUUGGAACAAAGUCUCAGAGCACGUCGGAAGUCGUACUCAGGACGAGUGCAUCCUCCACUUCCUGCGGCUCCCCAUUGAGGACCCGUACCUGGAGAAUUCAGAUGCUUCCCUUGGGCCCCUGGCCUACCAGCCUGUCCCCUUUAGUCAAUCAGGAAACCCAGUCAUGAGCACCGUGGCCUUUUUGGCAUCUGUGGUGGACCCUCGUGUGGCAUCUGCUGCAGCAAAGGCAGCUUUGGAGGAGUUUUCACGGGUCCGGGAGGAGGUACCACUGGAAUUGGUAGAAGCUCAUGUCAAGAAAGUACAAGAAGCAGCUCGGGCCUCUGGGAAGGUGGAUCCCACCUACGGCCUGGAGAGCAGCUGCAUCGCAGGCACAGGGCCUGAUGAGCCAGAAAAGCUUGAAGGAGCUGAAGAGGAAAAAAUGGAAACGGAUACUGAUGGUCAGCAGCCUGAAAAGGCAGAAAACAAAGGGGAAAAUGAACCCGAUGAAGGUGAUAAAGCACAGGAUGGCGACAAUGAAAAAACUAGCGAGAAGGAACAGGAUAGUGAAGUUAGUGAGGAUACCAAAUCAGAGGAAAAGGAGACUGAAGAGAACAAGGAACUCACUGAUACUUAUAAAGAGAGAGAAAGUGAUAUUGGGAAGAAGAAAGUAGAACAUGAAAUCUCUGAAGGAAAUGUAGCCACAGCCGCAGCAGCUGCUCUUGCCUCAGCUGCAACCAAAGCCAAGCACCUGGCUGCUGUGGAAGAGAGAAAGAUCAAGUCUCUUGUCGCCCUCCUGGUGGAGACACAGAUGAAGAAGCUGGAGAUCAAACUGCGGCAUUUCGAGGAGCUGGAGACGAUCAUGGACAGAGAGAAAGAGGCUUUAGAACAGCAGAGGCAGCAGUUGCUUACUGAACGCCAGAACUUCCACAUGGAGCAGCUCAAGUACGCAGAACUGCGGGCCCGCCAGCAGAUGGAGCAGCAGCAUGGGCAGAACCCACCCCCAGGGCACCAGCACUCGGGAGGGCCCGGCCUGGCGCCCCUGGGAGCAGCGGGGCACCCCGGCAUGAUGCCCCACCAGCAGCCCCCGCCCUACCCUCUGAUGCAGCACCAGAUGCCGCCACCCCACCCACCCCAGCCAGGUCAGAUACCAGGUCCAGGUUCCAUGAUGCCUGGGCAGCCCAUGCCAGGCCGCAUGAUUCCCACCGUUGCAGCCAACAUCCACCCCCCUGGGAGCGGCCCUCCCCCUCCUGGAAUGCCGCCAAUGCCGGGGAGCAUCUCAGGCCCCCGGGUGACCCUCACGGCACCUAACGGCAUGUAUCCCCCUCCGCCACAGCAGCCGCCGCCGCCUCCUGCAGAUGCAGUCCCUCCGCCUCCUGCUCCGGGCCCGCCCGCCUCUGCUGCACCCUAGCCUGGAAGAUGCUGGGGACAUCCACGCCCAGCGCCACCAGCUGGAGUGGGAAUGGCAAGACUUAGGUUCCUCAGCUUUCUUGGGUUUCUUUCAGGAUUUUUCUUCUCACAGCCCCAAGCACGCGUCCCAUAUCCCCUCUCCCAAUUCCUCUUGCCACCCACUCUGUGCUCAGACACCCCUUGUGCUAGGUCUUCAGCCAGCACUCGGGGGAAGCCUUGGCGACAAUGUGCCCUGGUCAUUCUAAAAAUAACCUGCGUCUUCCCUGUCCUGGUGUGGGUACUCUUUGUCUUUAUCAUUUUUGCUCUCCUGUAGUGUUUUUGCUUUG